AUGUCGUUGGGCCCUCUCAAAGCUAUCAAUGAUAAACAACUGAAUACCCGUUCUAAAUUGGUUCAUACCCCAAUAAAAGGAAAUGCUACAGGCCUCGCAGGCAAAGAAAACCACUUUAAACAAACAAAAAGGCUAGAUCCGAAUAAUGAUAACCACCAUCAACCCGCUCAGAAAAAGAAAAGAGAGAAACUAUCUGCUCUAUGUAAAACACCACCUUCACUAAUCAAGACAAGAGGAAAGGACUAUCAUAGAGGGCAUUUUCUAGGCGAAGGUGGAUUUGCUCGCUGUUUCCAGAUUAAAGAUGACUCAGGCGAGAUUUUUGCUGCUAAAACAGUAGCUAAAGCUUCGAUAAAAUCAGAAAAGACAAGAAAAAAAUUAUUAUCAGAGAUUCAAAUUCAUAAAAGUAUGUCCCAUCCAAAUAUCGUUCAGUUCAUUGAUUGUUUUGAGGAUGAUAGCAAUGUCUAUAUUCUAUUAGAGAUAUGCCCUAAUGGUUCAUUGAUGGAACUAUUGAAAAGAAGGAAAGUUUUAACAGAACCAGAAGUUCGAUUUUUCACCACUCAAAUAUGUGGUGCAAUAAAGUAUAUGCAUUCAAGAAGAGUUAUACAUAGAGACUUGAAACUUGGUAACAUCUUCUUCGAUUCUAAUUAUAAUUUAAAGAUUGGUGAUUUCGGUUUAGCAGCUGUAUUGGCAAACGAAAGUGAGCGCAAAUAUACAAUAUGCGGGACACCUAACUACAUUGCUCCUGAAGUGCUGAUGGGUAAACAUUCUGGACAUUCAUUUGAGGUGGAUAUCUGGUCGCUAGGCGUUAUGCUUUAUGCUCUAUUGAUCGGUAAACCGCCUUUUCAAGCAAGAGAUGUAAACACUAUUUAUGAAAGAAUCAAAUGUCGCGAUUUUUCGUUCCCCAAAGAUAAACCAAUUUCAGACGAAGGUAAGAUUCUGAUAAGAGAUAUUCUAUCUUUAGAUCCAAUAGAAAGACCCUCUCUGACAGAAAUUAUGGAUUAUGUAUGGUUUAGGGGAACUUUCCCACCAUCUAUACCCGCCACAGUCAUGUCGGAGGUACCAAAUUUCGAAAGUGUUCCCGAUGAGCAAUCCCUGAUUAAUUUCAAAGACUGCAUGGAAAGAUCCUUAUUGCUAGAAAGCAUGAGUAGUGACAAAAGCCAACGUCAAAAGAGAGAUUAUAUAUCCUCUAUCAAAUCCAGUAUUGAUAAACUAGAAGAAUAUCAUCAAAGUAGACCAUUUUUACCUCAUUCUUUAUCCCCUGGUGGGACUAAACAAAAAUACAAAGAGGUUGUUGAUAUAGAAGCCCAAAGAAGGUUGAAUGACUUGGCCCGUGAAGCAAGAAUACGUAGAGCACAACAGGCUGUUUUGAGAAAAGAAUUAGUGGCCACAUCCACCAAUGUCAUUAAGUCAGAAAUCUCUUUAAGAAUACUAGCUAGUGAGUGUCAUCUUACCUUAAAUGGUAUUGUAGAGGCAGAAGCUCAAUAUAAAAUGGGAGGUCUCCCGAAAUCAAGACUACCCAAAAUUAAACAUCCAAUGAUAGUUACAAAGUGGGUUGACUACUCAAACAAACAUGGUUUUUCCUAUCAGUUAUCAACAGAGGAUAUUGGUGUUUUAUUCAACAAUGGGACUACAGUCCUUCGACUGGCAGAUGCGGAAGAGUUUUGGUAUAUUAGUUAUGAUGAUAGAGAAGGUUGGGUAGCAAGCCAUUAUUUAUUGAGUGAGAAACCAAGAGAGCUAAGUAGACAUUUAGAGGUAGUCGAUUUUUUUGCCAAAUACAUGAAGGCUAAUUUGAGUCGAGUUUCUACGUUCUGUAGAGAGGAAUACCAUAAAGAUGACGUAUUUUUGAGAAGGUAUACAAGGUAUAAACCGUUUGUUAUGUUCGAACUAAGUGAUGGUACUUUCCAAUUCAAUUUUAAAGAUCAUCAUAAAAUGGCAAUUUCCGAUGGAGGCAAAUUAGUGACUUACAUCUCACCAUCUCAUGAGAGCACUACGUACCCCUUAGUUGAGGUUCUGAAGUAUGGUGAAAUCCCAGGAUAUCCAGAAAGUAAUUUUAGAGAAAAAUUAACAUUAAUAAAAGAAGGUUUAAAGCAAAAGUCCACAAUUGUUACUGUAGAUUAA